ACUAGAACAAAAAUGAGAUCACAGUGACAUGUUAGCAUCCAUAAUAAUGAUUCAUCCAUCGAAUUUACUACGAUCGAACUCAGAAAGAGCUCAGUUUUCUGCCCCAGUGGGCAACUAUUUAAACGAGAUAGACUGUGGAAUAAAAGCCUUGCCAUGUCUAAGCGACAGACUGAAUUUACAAAAGUUGGCAAAGUUGUCUGUUUUUGUUGUGGUGCUUUGUUUGAUGGGUUGUGCCCAUGGGAUCAUUAAUAGUUAUUUCACUGGUACUUCCCAAUUGUGGACAUCUCAUUACAGUUUUCCGGGGUCUACAAAAGGUUGGCUUGUAGUUUCUAACGAAAUAUUUGUCGGCAUAUUAGCACUUUGUGUAUCAUACUGGGGUAAUCGCAUACAUAGAACCACUUGGAUGGGAGCUUUAACUAUGCUAAUUGCGGUAUCUGGUGCAACUUUGGCAAUUCCUGAAAUUCACAGACCGUUUACUGGAGUUGAGAUAACUAGUGCUAUUAUAGGUCCACCUUUAUGCACCAACUUUACAGUUGAAGAAUCGAGCAGAGUUAGUGUCUCAAACGGGACAGUGACAAGUGAUUAUUUUGAUGAGAUAAUUCUUUUAUAUAUUAUAAUUUUCCAAGUAGUUUUUGGAUCUGUAAUCAUAUCCUUCAUAACGCAUGGGUUAACGUAUAUUGAUGAUCAUACAUCUACAAAGCAGAGCCCUGUGUUGAUAGGUCUGGUCUUAGCUUCACACGUAAUAGGAAAACAAGGAGGAAUUUACUUUGCGUGGAUGCCUUAUAUGCUGCAUAUUAAUGGUAUAUUUGUCUCCCCAAUAUGGAUUAUAAUAAUAAUUUUGACAUUCCUAAUUGGUGCUGGAAUGGCCUUGUUUCCAAAAGUACUUCCAAAUAUGGUUCUAAGAAAAUCAGUUAACUCUUUGGUUAGUAUUGCUGCAGGUGGCGAUCCAAUGCAAGAAGAGGAGGUCGUUGAUGGUUAUUUCCAGACACUGUGGAGACUACUAAAAAACAGAAUUCUUCUUUUAAAUAUUGCAUCAUAUGUGGUGGUUCAAUCAGCUAUAAUAAACUUUGCGCUUUUUGAGAAGUAUUUCAACCAAUCCAAAUAUCACGUAUCUAUAGAAGAUAAAGACUCUUCAGGAUAUUCAGACCCAAGCAUCAUCCAGAUGACUACAAAUCUUCUAAAGCAACCGUUAAUAGCUGUUUCUUUUUUAACAACGGGAUUGAUCAUAGCAAAAAUUAAGCCAAAACCAAGAAACUUAGUGAUAUGGAAUACCAUAGCCUUCGCUCUAGUUAUCCUAAUUUUCUGCAGUACAGCAUUUUUCAAUUGUACACAUGGCAUCAAAAAUGAGCAUAAACACUCAAUAACAAUUCCUUUCUGCAGUACAAACUGCGCAUGCCCAACUGAAGAACCGUUCCAACCAGUUUGUGUGGAUGGAAGUACUUAUUUUUCACCAUGUGUAGCUGGAUGCAAAAACUUCACAGCAGCUACAAAUGUAUAUCAUGAUUGCUCAUGUGGAUCGAUAGUAACAGAAGGUUCAUGUGAUGAGGACCGUUGUAAGUUUAUCUUGGCCUUGAGUCAAGUUAACAACAUUGUAUCAAAUGCAAUUAUGGCUAGUACACUUAUCGUCAACGUAUUAAUUAUUCUUAGAUCAGUAGCAAAACAAGACAAAGCCACUGCUCUAGGACUGGAGCUAACUUUUUUAGGAUUGGUGCCGUAUAUUCCAGUUAAAAUUAUCUAUCAUUUUGUAACAGAGGGAUUUUGUGAAAUCCAAACUGAUAAUGGGUGUCAAUACUUUUCCGAAAAUUUUCCUCUGGCAGUCUCCAUUGUAACUAUAUCUUUGGAGUUUUGUGGAGUUCUUCUAUCACUCUUGUUACUGAUGACCAUCAAUAACAUUAAUCUUUUUAAAAACAGGAUAAGCUACGACUAUGAACUAAAUAACUUUCACUCUAGAAUAAAUACCAUUGAUCGCAAUGACAGUCAAAAUCCUGAAGAUAAUUUACCACAAGAAGAACAAGAUCCAUUCAUACAAGAGCUAACUAAUAGUCUGCAAAGAAGACACACUCCUCAAAUGAGUCGGCAAGAACGAAUGCAAUCUUACAUAGACGAUGGCGAAUUGGUUCCACCAUUACAGCCGCCACCCAAGAGAAGAAGUUCUAAAUCUAAAUCGGAAAGCGGCAAAUCUGAUAAUUCUAACAGUACUGCAAAUAGGGCUAAUUCCUUAGAUAUGUUAAACGGAAAAUCCGAAGUUGCCAGUAAUAAAAUAGGCUCCAAAGCUUCGGCAUCCAUUGAUUCUGAUAUGUCCUCCCUGGAUCGAUUUGCUGAUUCACUGGAAUUUUUAGAUAACUCUUCUCAGGAUUCAAAAAGAUUUCUAGAACAACCUAUUGCCGAGAUCGAUGAACCUCAAGAGAACAAAGCAGUGCCACAACAGAAUGAUGUUUUUGAAACGGCUUUCUAGGAGUUAAUAAACUUGUUCUGGAUGCUCUCUUUAACGAUUAAGUCGAAUCCAUACAAAGGAGUACGAAUCCUCAAGGUGCUGAUAAGUAGUA